UUGAUAUGACAGGAGAUAUUAUGACAAAAUGUAUUUUUUCCACAAAUUUGCUGUUUCGAAAAUUACCGCUGUUCAGUACUGCUGCAGACAUCCCUCUGGCAUUGAAGCAAGCUGCAAGUAUGAGAUACUAUUUACUACUUUGCCUUUUCAUGACCGUUGGAUCUCUUGGGAUACACGCCCAAAGAGAGUUUCCAUCUGAUUUUAAGUUCGGAGUAGGAACCUCUGCCUAUCAAAUUGAAGGGGCAUGGGAUCAAGACGGAAAAGGUGAAUCCAUUUGGGACUAUCUGGUGCACAACCACCCAGAGAAGAUUGGUGAUCGAACGAAUGGGGAUGUGGCUUGCGAUAGUUAUCGACUGUGGCGUCGUGAUGUUGAAAUGUUAAAGGAUCUAGGAGUCGACGUUUAUCGAUUUUCAAUUGCUUGGACUCGUAUUAUGCCCACCGGGAUUAGUAAUCAAAUUAACAUGGCAGGUGUCGAAUACUACAACAAUCUGAUCAACGCUCUGCUUGAGAACAACAUCACUCCGUUAGUGGUGUUGUACCACUGGGAUCUUCCUCAACGUUUGCAGCAAUUGGGUGGUUGGACGAAUCGAGAAGUGGUCGGUCAUUUCCGAGAAUAUGCCAGAUUUGUGUUUGCUACCUUCGGAGAUCGGGUCAAAUGGUGGACUACAUUCAACGAACCACUGCAAACGUGCCGCCAGUCAUACGAAUGGGAUGCGAUGGCACCCGGUUAUGAAUUUCCUGGCAUUCCAAGUUAUCUUUGUACUCAUCACCUACUUCUAUCGCAUGCGGAAGCUGUCGAAGUAUAUCGAACUCAGUUCCAACCUGAGCAAAAUGGAAAAAUCGGAAUUACCGUUGACUCUUCUUGGGCUGAGCCAAGAAGUGAUUCUGCCGAUGAUCAGGAAGCUGCAGAAACUAACUUACAAUUCCUCAUCGGUUGGUUCAUGCAUCCUAUUUAUUCCGCCAAUGGAAACUAUCCACAGAUUAUGAUCGACCGCAUCGCGACUCUCAGUCAGCAACAAGGAUUCGCCAAAUCUCGUCUACCAACGUUUUCCGCGGAAGAGAUAAACAAACUGAAAGGAUCCUCCGAUUUCUUCGGAUUUAACACGUACACAACCUACAUUGCAUACAAAAAUGAUGAUCAGAACUCUGCGAAUUUCCCGCUACCAUCGUACGAUCAUGAUCGAGGUGUAGUGGAGUACCAGGAUCCCAGUUGGCCCGAAACAGGCUCCAACUGGUUCCGUGUAUAUCCGAAAGGCAUCUACAAUCUACUGAAAUGGAUCAACAAGGAGUAUAAUAAUCCAGAAGUAUACAUCACAGAAAACGGUUAUAGCGAUCGCGGUGGUACCAGGGACGAAGGUCGUGUACAAUACUUCAAGGAUUAUAUGAGUGCUGUGCUGGAUGCGAUCGAUGAGGGAUGCAAGGUGAAAGGUUACAUCGCUUGGAGUCUAAUGGAUAACUUCGAGUGGCGCGCUGGCUUAAUCGAACGGUUCGGUUUGUAUUAUGUCGAUUAUGAGCAUCCCAACCGGACUAGAACUCAAAAAUCGUCUGCCAAAUUCUACGCCAAUGUCAUUGAGACUCGUAAGAUCGAUAUGGAUUAUAUGCCGGAACCGGAAGAGAUCAUUACUACUCCGGAACCAGAAGAGAGCACUACGUUGACUCCGGACGAUAGCAGCACCACCACAGAAGAUCCAGGAGCAGGAGUUAUGGUGGUAUCCAGUCUUUCACUAAUAUUAUCUGCAGUUGUACUGACACUAAAACAAAUGUUCUGAUUUAAGUAAUUAAAGUUUUAAUGUACGACAUA